AUGAAGGCUUUCUGCCUCCUCCGGAACCGAUUGAAACCAUUCCCUAUCAAUAACAAUGUCUUCCGGAGGUGCUUCUCUCCGCUUCCCAUCUACACCAACACCAACCUCGCCCAUCAGCUCCAUUUCAUCUUCACCAAGCGCCCUGCUACUUCCCCCGACGAUCCCGACCUCCGGGCACUUUCCCCCUUCCUCAACCCCAAGCUCGUCGAAACCGUCUUGUAUUCUUUCCAAAGCUGGAAACUUGCUCACUUCUUCUUCACAUGGGCAUCCAACCAGCAAGGAUACCGCCACAAUGCCUACACUUUCAAUGCCAUAGCGUCCAUCCUAUCACGUGCUCGACAAAAUGCCCCACUGAGAGCACUGUCCGAACAAAUCCUCCGUUCCCGGUGUCCCAUGACCCCUGGGGCUCUGGGUUUCUUCAUUCGCUGCUUGGGCUGUGCUGGGCUUGUGGAGGAAGCCAAUUCCUUGUUUGACCAAGUUCAAAGCGAGGGUCUUUGCUUCCCCAAUGUCUACGCUUACAAUUGCUUGCUUGAGGCUGUAUCUAAGUCGAACUGUGUGGAUUUGGUUGAUGCCAGGUUGAAGGAGAUGUCCGACCGUGGCUUUGUGUUCGACAAGUAUACUCUGACUCCAGUCCUGCAGGUUUAUUGUAAUGCCGGGAGAUUCGAUAAGGCAUUUGAUGUCUUCAAUAUGAUUUCCGAUCGUGGAUUUCUGGAUGGGUACUUGUUCUCCAUAUUGGCGUUGGCUUUUACAAAAUGGGGCCAGGUGGACAAGGCAUUUGAGUUGAUUGAGGUUAUGGAAGCUCGAAAUGUUGACUUCACCGAGAAGACUUUUAUCGUCUUGAUUCAUGGUUUCCUGAAGCAGUCCAGACUGGACAGGGCUCUCCAGUUAUUUGAUAAGAUGAAGAAUUCCGGAUUUGUGCCUGAUAUUUCUCUCUACGAUGUUCUAAUUGGAGUGUUCAGCACUGCAAAAAAACUGGACAAAGCUUUAGGUUUGUAUGCUGAGAUGAAGGAGUUCAACGUCCAACCGGAUACUGGCAUAAUCACAAAGCUUAUAUCUUGUUGCAAUGAUGAAGGUGAACUAAAGCGCCUUUUUAAGGAAAUUGGGAGGGAUAUGAAUCUGGAAGCUUUGACUAUGCUCUACAAUUCUUUGUUGACUGUUCUUGUUAAUAAUGAUUCGAUAGACAAAGCCUACAGCCUUCUUCGAGUGAUGCUUGGAGAAAGCUGCAGCAAUGAUCUCCAGGGGGAUGAGUUCUGCUGGGAAAAUGACAUCGUCCCGUCACCUAAUGCUUCUAGUUUUGGAGUUGUUAUCGAUGGGUUGUGCAAGGCUGGUAAGCUGGACUUGGCAGUUGGCCUCUUUCGAGAUAUGUCUCAGAAGAUCGGCUGUAAACCAAACCUAUUGAUCUGCAACAACUUGAUCUCUGGCUUGUGCAGUUCUCAUAGGAUGGAGGAUAGUUUAGAAAUUCUGAGAGAGAUGGAGAAAUCAGGAUUGGUGCCCUCACCAUUUACUCAUAACGCCAUAUUCGGGUGCCUAUGCAAGAGAAUGGACGUUGCAGGAGCUCUUGAUCUGAUAAAAAAGAUGCGAGUUCAUGGCCAUGAGCCCUGGAUAAAACACUGUACCUUGAUGGUGAAGGAACUCUGCAAGCACAAGAAGGCAGUAGAAGCUUGCAAGUUCCUCGACGACGUGGUUGAGGAAGGUUUCAUACCUGAUAUGAUCGCUUACUCAGCCGCAUUUGACGGAUUGAUCAGGAUUCACGAGGUGGAUCUGGCUAUGGAGCUGUUUCGAGACAUUGUUGCUCGAGGUAACUACCCUGAUGUGGUUGCUUACAACACGAUGAUGAAAGGGCUUUGUCAGGCCAAGAGAGUUGCUGAAGCCGAGGAACUUCUGAAGGAGAUGGUGAUGAAGGGGCUGGUUCCAUCAGUGGUAACCUACAACUCGCUCAUAGAUGGGUGGUGCAAGAACGGUUCUCUCGAGGCAGCCAUGCGCUGCCUAUCUGAAAUGUUUGAUAAAGGGAGGGAGCCGAACGUGAUCACUUAUACCACUCUCGUGAAUGGACUGUGCAACUCUGGAAGGCCGGAGGAAGCUCUCAUGGUGUGGAACGAAAUGGUGGCCGAGAAGGGCUUGGCUCCUGGCGAGAUCGCUUUCAUGGCUCUCGUUCAUGGCCUCUGCAAGUGUGGAAGACCCAACGAGGCUGUGGUGCAUUUGCGAGAGAUGAAAUCGAGAGAGAUGAAACCAGAUGGUUAUGUAUACACGGCUUUGGUAAGCGCUUUCCUCGCUCAACUAAACCAUCCCUUGGCUCUGGAAAUGGUAGAAGAGAUGGUUCGUGAGGGAAGGUUCCCGGGUAAGCUUGACAAGAACCACGCAAUUGCUGGAGAUGCUGUUAUCGAGCUGUUGAGAGACAGCAGGACUUCUUCGAGUAUUAGAGAUCUCAUAGCUGAAGGCAAUAUUCCUUCAAUUAGUAUGUCAGACGUCGAAAGUGAAAGUUUGGAUGGGUGCAUUACUUGA